UAUACAUAUAAUAUAUAUAUGGGUGAGGUGUGUGUUUAGUUGGUUGGGUGGUUGGUGGUGGUGUUGGCAUGCAUGCAUGGCCAUAAUAUAGGCAGUGCGAAACCGCCGCCGCCUUCUAUUUCUGGUCUUCUCCUCCAAUCCACUCAAUUCUGUCGUUCAUGUCGGCCAUUUUUACAUACUUCCUUUUUUUCCGGCGGCUCUUGCAAUUCCCUCUCCUUUUUUCUUUCUCCUUUUUAGAGUAACGGAUAUCUAAUUAGAAACAUAUCGCCGGAAUCUGACGCACCGCCACCAGCCAUUCAUCCCCUUUCCAAUGGGCCACCAGACUCAUCCUGAGUCGAUGGCGGCCGAAACCUCUCAACACCACGUAGUUGACCCCUCCGACGGGGCUGCUGCUACCUCCGUCGCCACCGCCGACCUCCCCUGGCCCUUCGCCAAGCUCGACGGCAUCGACCUGGAUGACCUCCGGGACACAGCCUACGAGAUCUUCUUCACGGCAUGCCGGUCGGCGCCGGGCUUCGGGGGGCGGCACGCGCUCAGCUACUACCCUUCGGAGGGCGGCGGAGGGGAGGGAGGGGGGUCUCCGAAGAAGGGCGCUGGCGUGGCCCCCAGCAGAAUAAAGAGGGCUUUGGGGUUGAAGAUUUUGAGGCGGUCACAAUCGCGGCGGACCAGCUCGAUGGGGUCGUCGCCGUUCUCGCCGCCGGCCCACCACUCCCACCACCACCACACCGCCUCCAGCCCCGGCUUGGCCUUCAGCACAGUGCCACAGUAUAGAUCCCGGCGGCCGAUGACCUCUGCCGAGAUCAUGAGGCAACAGAUGAACGUGACAGAGCAGAGCGAUCACCGUCUCCGCAAGACACUCAUGAGAACCCUCGUUGGCCAAUUGGGAAGGCGACCGGAAACGAUAAUCUUGCCGUUGGAGCUGCUCCGGCACCUGAAACCGUCGGAAUUCAACGACACAAACGAGUACCAUCUAUGGCAGAUGCGGCAGCUCAAGAUCCUGGAAGCUGGCCUCGUCCUCUUCCCUUCGAUCCAUCUUGAUAAAUCCAACCAAUUCGCCAUGCGCCUCAAGGAGAUCGUCCGAUCAAGCGAGAUCAAGCCCAUCGACACCGGAAAAAACUCCGAGAUCAUGAAGACGCUCUACAACUGCGUGGUUUCCCUGGCGUGGCGGACCCCCGACGGCUUCCCCACCAACACCUGCCGGUGGGCUGACGGCUUCCCCGUCAACGUCAACAUCUACACCGUCCUGCUCCGCGCCAUUUUCGAUCUGAAGGACGAAACCAUGGUCCUCGACGAGGUCGACGAGCUGCUGGACUUGAUGAAGAAGACCUGGUCCAUGCUGGGAAUCAACAAGGGCAUUCACAAUCUCUGCUUCACGUGGGUUUUGUUCCACCAGUACGUAGUCACCGGGCAGGUGGAGGCGGACCUCCUCUCCGCCUCCCUGGCCAUGCUCAACGAGGUGGCGGCUGACGCCAAGAGAGGGGAUUACGGCGAGCCUCUGUAUGUGAAGAUGUUGUCGUCGGUGUUGAACUCCAUGAAGAAGUGGUCGGAGAAGAGGCUGCUCAAUUACCAUGGCACCUUCUACAGGGGUACGGUUGGAUUGAUGGAAAACCUUCUUCCUCUGGUUUUCUCAGUCACCAAUAUUUUGGAAGAAGAUGUGGAAAACAAGGGAGCUGUGGAUGGUGCAAAGGAUUCCCCAGCAGCCAGUUCCCGGGUUGAUCACUAUAUCAGAUCUUCUCUUCAGUUUGCAUUCACAAGGUUGCUGGAGAAUGGAAAUGUGAAUGGUACGACCUUCGAAGUGCAAGAGGUGACUGAAGCUCUGCUUCAGAUAGCCAAAGAGACAGAAGAGUUGGCCUUGAAGGAGAAGAUUAUCUUCAGCCCUGUGUUGAAAAAAUGGCACCCGGUUGCGGCUGGAGUUGCAGCCGUUACGCUGCAUAAUUGCUAUGGAACCCUGCUGAAGCAGUAUCUGGGUGGCGUGUCGGUGCUCACCAAUGAGACUGUCAUGGUGUUGCAGAGAGCCGGGAAGCUCGAAAAGUCUAUGGUGCAAAUGGUGGUCGAGGACUCCGUAGACUGUGAAGAUGGAGGCAAAUCAGUUGUGCGAGAGAUGGUUCCAUAUGAAGUUGAUACGUUCAUAGUAAACCUCUUGAAACAAUGGAUUCAAGAGAGGCUGAACAUAGGGAAACAACGCCUCCAAACUGCCAAAGAAACUGAAACAUGGAACCCCAAAUCCAAAACUGAGCCAUAUGCACAGUCAUCAGUGGAGCUAAUGAAACAUGCCAAAGAAACUGUGGACGCCUUUUUGGAAAUUCCAUUAGGCAUUUCAGAGGAAUUAGUUCACGAUCUUGCCGAUGGCUUGGAGAAUCUGUUUCGAGAUUAUACCACCUUUGUUGCUUCUUGUGGAUGCAAACAGAGUUACAUGCCAACUCUUCCUCCCCUGACCCGAUGCAACAGGGACUCGACAUUCCUGAAGCUGUGGAAGAGAGCAAGCCCCUGUGCUGUUACAGUGGAUGAUACAACGCUAAGUGGAUUAAAUGAAGGUAACCAUCCCCGCCCUUCAACAAGUCGGGGAACCCAACGUCUCUAUAUCCGCCUUAACACCCUGCAUUAUCUUCUUUCCCAAAUCCAUUCUCUCGACAAGGUUCUGUCGACAUCCCCUCGAAUCAUUCCCUUGUCACACAGCCGCUUCAACAAACCCGGACACAUUGGUAGUUCCUCAUACUUUGAGAUGGCUCGGUCAGGGAUCCAAGAAGCCACUCAACAUGUCUCGGAAGUAGCUGCCUACCGUCUUAUCUUCCUUGACUCUAACUCUGUGUUCUAUGACACCCUAUACGUUGCUGAUGUCAAGAAUGCUCGGAUAAAGCCAGCGCUACGGAUUCUUAAGCAAAACCUCACUCUUCUAGGUGCCAUGGUGACUGAUAGGGCUCAGCCAUUGGCCAUCAAAGAAGUUAUGAAAGCCUCGUUUGAGGCCUUCCUGAUGGUUCUAUUGGCAGGGGGCACUUCCCGAACCUUCUCAGUGAUGGAUCAUGAGAUGAUCGCGGAUGACUUCGACAAUCUAAAGCGGGUGUUUUGCACCUGUGGUGAAGGCUUGAUAUCUGAGGACACAGUAGACAGGGAAGCUGAGAUGGUGGAGGGGGUGGUGGCACUGAUGGGGCAGUCUACGGGGCAGCUUGUGGAGGAUUUCAGUAUCGUGGCUUGUGAAGCGAGUGGGAUAGGCAUUGUUGGUGCAGGGCAGAAGCUACCGAUGCCUCCUACAACAGGAAGGUGGAACAGAUUGGAUCCAAAUACGUUACUCAGAGUGUUGUGCCACAGGAAUGACAGAUCGGCGAAUGAGUUCCUCAAGAGGACAUUCCAGCUAGCAAAGAGGAGGUGAUGACAAGUAUUUGUGUAAGUUAAAGUGAAAAGAUCAAGUCAUUCUUUGAAUGACUUCUGGUAUUUGGUUCAAUGACAAUCAAUGCACAAUCAAGAUCUUUGAAGGGUUCAGGCUACUUAUGAAUGUCCUGUUGCACAUGCAUUGAUUUUUUGUUUUUUAUCUUUUUGGGGGCGGGGAGGGUGUUGAGAGAGGUUUGUAUUAAUUUUGGUACUUAAGACUACUAGGCAAUGAAAUUAGUACUUUUUUGUGUGUGUAAAAAC